CUUUAACAAAGUUCAUAGUUCAAGCUGCACGUGCUUGAAUCAACAUGGCGGCGCCUGCUAGAUAGAAGUGGAGCAGAAAGUAAAUACAGGCACGGGAAGGAAUCAGCAAAGUGAUGGCAGAUAUCACUAGCAGCCCAGUGGGCAUCACUCCGCCAUCCCUCUCCCUGGAGGAGAAGCCUGAUGACCUCGCCAAAACUGAUGCUGCCAAGCCUGAUGUUCAGGCUGAAGGAGAAAGCCAGGCAGCUUCUGACCCCGGCGUGUACCGCUACAUAAAAGAGGACCUGUUCACAUCGGAGAUAUACAAAGUGGAGAUCAGGAAUCUGCCCAGGUUCGUAGGCUUCAAUGACCUGAAGAAGUUCUUGGCCAAGCACGGCCUCAACCCACACAAAAUAAAGCUGUUUGGCAGGCAGACGUUUGCUUUUGUCACCUUCAAGAACGAAGAGGAGCGUGACAAGGCCAUGAAGAUGGUGCACGGCAUGCAGUGGAAGGGCCAGGUGCUAAGUGUCAAGCUGGCCAAACCCAAGGCAGACCCCAUCUUGAGGAAGAGGAAGGAGAAUGAGGGGGAGAGCGCGGGAGGCCCGUCCCCAUGCAAACGAACAGACGAGGGGGACGAGGAAGAGGAGCCGCUCAGUGUCCAGAUAGCCAACGUUGUGACACCUCUGUGGAACGUGCCUUAUGACGAGCAGCUGAAGAGGAAGGAGCAGGAGGUGGUGGCGGUUCUGCAGAAGCUGGCCAAAGAGAUCGGCAGCACCAACAAAGCCAUGGUGCCGUGGCUGUUUGCACAGAAAGGGAAAUACAACAACAUGUGUUGUCCUCUGGAAGCCCUCCGACCGUCUCCUACACAGACAGAGUACAGAAACAAGUGUGAGUUCCUCAUAUCGGUGGGUGCAGAUGGCGAGGAUAAAACCAUCGGUUUCCGCCUGGGGAAAUACAAAGGAGGCUCCUGUGCUGUGGUGGGGCCGGCUGACACGUGCCACGUGCCGCCGGAGGCUAAGAAGGUGGUCAGCGAGUUUCAAAAGUUCAUCAGGACAACUCCAUACUCUGUGUACAGCCCAGAGACAUAUGAAGGACACUGGAAGCAGCUGACUGUGCGUACUACGAGGACCAAACAUGCCAUGGCCAUGGUGUUCUUCAACCCACAGAAACUUGAAGAAGAGGAACUUGGUGCUUUAAAGAACUCCAUGAAGGAGUACUUCACAGAAGGAGAGGGGAAAGACAGCGGUGUGACCUCGCUGUACUUUGUUAGAGAGGGCCAAAGGAAAUCUCCAAAUCCAGAGGAUCUGCCCUGUGAGCUGGUGGCUGGAGAGAGCUGCAUUCAAGAAGAAAUGCUGGGUUUAAAAUUCAGGAUUUCUCCUCAUUCAUUCUUCCAGGUGAAUACAGGAGCUGCAGAGGUGCUGUACUCUGCUGUGGGGGAAUUAGCCAAGCUGGAUCAGGACAGCAUACUACUGGAUGUGUGCUGCGGGACAGGAACCAUUGGCAUAUCUUUGGCUAAGAGGGUGAAAAAGGUGAUUGGGAUUGAGAUGUGCCAGGAAGCAGUGGAGGACGCCAAAGUUAAUGCAAAGCUGAAUGGUCUAAGUAAUGUUGAGUUUCACUGUGGAAAAGCUGAGGAUGUGUUCCCCAACAUCCUCAAUGCUGUCGUUUCACCCAGUGUGACUGCUAUCGUAGAUCCACCACGAGCAGGCCUACACUCAAAGGUGAUACUUGCAAUCAGGAGAGCAGAGCACUUAAAGAGGCUGGUUUAUGUGUCAUGUAAUGCCAAGGCAGCAAUGACCAACUUCAUUGAUCUGUGCAGAGCUCCAUCAAACAGAGUUCAUGGAGCCCCAUUCCGUCCAGUGCGAUCAGUAGCCGUGGAUCUGUUCCCUCAAACCAUGCAUGUUGAGAUGAUUCUGCUGCUGGAGAGGGUGGACUACAGCAAAAACUCAGCUUUAUAGCUGGAGAAAUGGGUCUCUGUGCAGUUUGAUUGGCAAAUUGGGCUUCCUACUCUAAAUGUAUCCACACAGUACUCUGAAGAAUUAACAUUCUGUCAUUUACAUAUUUGUAAAGCCAAAAAGUAACAAGUUACCAUCUAGUUAAAUCCCAGUUUUCACAGUGAGCGAUAACUGUAGUGUCUUUUUGCAUGAACUUUUGUUAGCUUUGACCUCAAUUUUAAUUUUCAAACUAAUACUGUGUUUUCUGUUAUUCCAAACAGUAUUCCAGAACUGGCUAAAAGCUUAACCAAUAAAUUACCACCUCAGUUAACUUCC